UACGCUUUCAGACUGCAUGUUAGGUAACUUAACCUCACGCUCAUGUUACGUGACCAUCACACGCGCACCGCCGGUCUGUCUGCUCUGCUCAACAUACACACGAUCGCUCGGGACUUCUCUAAAGACCUGUCGCCAGGAUGUCCGCUUCUCGUACGGUAAUAUGUCUGCUGAGGAACGACCUGCGUCUGCAUGAUAACGAGGUGUUUCACUGGGCUCAGAGGAAUGCCGAUCACAUCAUCCCUCUCUACUGCUUCGACCCGCGGCAUUACCAGGGCACCUAUCACUUCAACUUCCCUAAGACUGGACCUUUCCGUUUACGUUUCCUCCUGGACGGUGUGAAAGACCUCAGGGCCACACUGAGGAAACGGGGCAGCACACUGUUGGUGAGACAAGGGAAGCCGGAGGAUGUUGUUAGUGAUUUGAUUCAGCAGCUGGGUUCAGUCACAGCUGUGGCGUUUCAUGAGGAGGUGGCAUCAGAGGAAAAAACUGUGGAGAAGAAGCUAAAGGCCAUCUGCUGCCAAAACAAAGUCAAAGUUCAGACUUUCUGGGGUUCUACACUUUACCACAGAGAUGAUCUGCCAUUCAGUCACAUUGGAGGGUUACCUGAUGUUUACACCCAGUUUAGAAAAGUAGUUGAGGGACAGGGCAGAGUGCGACCUGUCCUUUCCACCCCGGGACAGGUUAAACCUCUUCCUCUUGGACUAGAGGAGGGCACCAUCCCAACAUUCGAGGGCCUGGGACAGACAGAGCCGGUGGAGGACUGCCGCUCGGCCUUCCCCUGUCGCGGUGGAGAGACUGAGGCUCUUGCUAGGCUGAAACACUACUUUUGGGAUACAAAUGCCGUUGCAGCUUAUAAGGAGACUCGGAAUGGCAUGAUCGGAGUGGACUAUUCUACAAAAUUUUCUCCUUGGCUUGCAUUGGGCUGCAUAUCACCCAGGUACAUCUAUGAGCAGAUUAAGAAGUAUGAAGCGGAACGAACUGCCAACCAAAGCACAUACUGGGUGAUAUUUGAACUUCUGUGGAGAGAUUACUUCCAAUUUGUGGGUUUAAAAUAUGGAAACAGAAUAUUUCAUAUGAAUGGUCUGCAAGACAAGCAUGUGUCAUGGAAAACAGAUAUGACAUUAUUCGAUGCAUGGAAAGAUGGGAGAACUGGGGUGCCGUUUGUAGAUGCGAACAUGAGGGAGCUUGCACUGACAGGAUUCAUGUCCAACAGAGGACGUCAAAAUGUGGCCAGCUUUCUGACCAAAGACUUGGGCUUAGACUGGAGACUGGGUGCUGAGUGGUUUGAAUACCUGCUGGUGGAUCAUGACGUCUGCAGCAACUAUGGAAACUGGCUCUAUAGUGCAGGGAUAGGAAAUGACCCACGAGAAAACAGGAAGUUCAAUAUGAUCAAACAAGGUCUGGACUAUGACAAUAAUGGGGAAUAUGUGCGACAGUGGGUUCCAGAGCUUCGAGGUAUUAAAGGUGGGGACGUUCACACACCGUGGACCCUCAGCAACUCAGCACUCUCACAUGCCCAGGUUUCGCUCAACGAGACAUACCCUUCCCCUGUUAUCAUAGCGCCCGAGUGGAGUCGGCAUGUCAACAACAAAUCAUCUGGUCCACCAGCAAAAGGAAGGAAGGGCUCAUCUUACACACCAAGACAACACAAAGACAGAGGCAUUGACUUCUACUUCUCCAAGAAGAGUUUCUGAGGAGGAGAUGUAGUGGAAAAGUGCUUUUUUUUACUGCUAGACAUCACAAAUAGAUGCAAGCCAUCUGCUUAGGUCACAGGUUACACAGUGGAAUGAGGAAGGGGAAAUGAAAAAUAGUGUGGUUUUGUGUUGCUCUUUCUGAAUCUGUUUUCACACACAGAUCCAGAAACUGCUGCUCACAUUCUGAAGACUUUAUUCUAAACCGUAACUCAGAUUUUCAUGCAUUUGUAUAUAUUGUGUUGAAUACAGUAUUGCAUUUUUGGUGGUUUUAAUAAGUUCCUGUGAAUGUCCUGGUUUAGUCAAGGAUGACGAAACGAUGAUGAAUGAAUCAUAUAUCACUGUUUCAUGCGAGAAAGGAAAAAGUCACCAAAAAAAUCUCAAAACGUUUCAUCAUCGUUUUGGAGUUGUUUUUCAGGCUGUUAUACCUAAAAAUAAAAGGAUUGAGAUUUUUUGGUGACUUUUAUCUUUCUUGCAUGAAACGGUGAUAUAUGAUGAAAAUGAUAAGAAAAAUGAAAAAGCUUGAAUAAUGUGCACAUACAGAAUAUUUUCUUCAUUUAUUCAGAAAUAGGAAGUGAGAAGUGCCAACUGUUUCAGUUUUGUUUUAAAAAGCGAUGGAAAACGCUGUAAAAGACAAAACAAAAGUGUUAAAAUCUUUUACGUGCAUGUGCACCUUUACUUGCAACAUUGACUUUUUUUUCGACUUUCAAUAAUAUUUAUCAGGCAUGAUCAAGGACUUUUCUUAGGGUUACUCAAUUUGAUUAUUUAAAUAAAAAAUAAAAAAUCUGUCAAAAUA